CACCACACUCGUACUCUAGUCUGAGGGUCGGUCUACGACCAAAAGCUAACCCGCACGCACAAAUUUGGCAUAGCUGAUACCACAUCAUGCCUUCCCCUACAACCAUCGCCGGCGCCUCCAGCAUGCUACGCCAUCGCCUCCUUGGCUCUCUGCGCACCAGAGGUGGGGCAGCGACCACGGGGCAGAGCAGGUGGAGCAGCCCGGGCCACGAGGAGCGGCCCAAGGGUUACCUCUUCAACCGGCCACCACCACCCCCGGGGCAUUCCCGCAACUGGGAGGACUGGGAGCUCCCCUGCUACAUCACCAGCUUCCUAACUAUCGUGAUCCUCGGUGUUGGCCUCAACGCCAAACCCGAUCUCACCAUCGAGACCUGGGCACACCAGAAGGCCCUCGAGCGCCUCCAGAUGGAGGCAUCUACUUCCGGUUCGUCAGAGUCCGACUAAGUCUCGGAUCUCUGGUGAUUUCAGAUCCACCGUUGCUUUUUUUCCCCUCCCCUUUUCCCUGUGUUCGAUGAUAAUGAUGAUGAUGAUGAUCUGGCUUUGAUGCGCGGUGUUCUUUCUGCGGGUGUUUAUAUGAGGGUAUGUAGUUGAAUAAGUGUUGUUUCGAAUUAUACUGUUUAAUUCGGCUUCUUCCGAAGCUUUGUUAAUACGUUUUUACUGGUUAUUUUGGAUAUUUUGACUGAAAUCAUGUCUCGAAAAUAGGUUAUAAACUCUCUUUUUCCCUAUAAACGUUUUCAAUAAUGAUUACGAGGAAUUCCCUUUAA